AUGCGUUACUCCUUCGUCGCCGCUGCCAUCAUCGGCGCCGUUGCUGCCUCUCCCGUUGCUGAGUACGGAUACCCAGUGAACACACCUUCCAGCAGUGCGCCUGCGUACCCUGAGUACCCGGCUUCUUCUCCUGCUCCCAGCUCGUCGAAGCCUGCUCCUUCGAGCUCCGCUCCUGCUUAUCCUGAGUACCCCGUUGGAACUCCCAGCUCUUCCAAGCCUGUUGUUCCCUCCAGCUCUGCUCCCGCCUACCCCGAGUACCCAGUUGGAACUCCCAGCUCUUCCAAGCCUGUUGUGCCUUCUAGCUCUGCUCCCGGAUAUCCUGAGUACCCAGCUUCCACUCCCUCGUCUUCGGCUCCCUCCUACCCGACUUCGAGCGCGCCCUCUUACCCUGAGUACCCUGUAGGCUCCAGCAGUACCUCCAAGCCUGUUGUGCCUUCUAGCUCUGCUCCCGGAUAUCCUGAGUACCCAGCUUCCACUCCCUCAUCUUCGGCUCCCUCCUACCCGACUUCGAGCGCGCCCUCUUACCCUGAGUACCCUGUAGGCUCCAGCAGUACCUCCAAGCCUGUUGUGCCUUCUAGCUCUGCUCCCGGAUAUCCUGAGUACCCAGCCUCCACUCCCUCAUCUUCGGCUCCCUCCUACCCGACUUCGAGCGCGCCCUCUUACCCUGAGUACCCUGUAGGCUCCAGCAGCACCUCCAAGCCUCUUGUGCCUUCCAGCUCUGCUCCUUUUUACCCUGAGUACCCAGCGAGCAGCUCCGUUCCUAGCGGCUCCAACGGCUACCCUGUUCCCAGCUCGUCUGCUGGCUACAGCUCCUCGGUCCCCUCUUACCCCACAAGUACUAAGGACUUGACUACAUACACCACCACCACCGUCUGCCCUGUCACUCAGACCCACGGAACUCAGGUCGUCACUACCUUGACCACCAGCACCGUCACCAUCACAUCCUGCAAGGGUGGAUGCCACGGCUACGAGACCACUGCUGUCCCCCCCAAGCCCACCAGCAGCCAGCCUGAGGACACGACCACCGUCGUUACUACCUACGACUGGGUUCCUUGCUCCACUGAGGUCGGUCGCAGCGGCUCUUCCACGAUCUACUCGACCUACCUGACCGCUAGCUACACAACCUACACCUCCACCGUUCACGGCGGCCAGCCCCCUAAGCCCACCGCCACUGUUGGUGUUGAUGUUCCUCAGUACACUCCUGUCGUUUCCAAGGACAGCAAGCCCUCGCAGCCCGCUGGCCCCAAGACCGUCACUGUUGGCGUCGAUGUUCCUCAGUACACUCCCGUUCCCGGACAGGAGAACUGCCCUGCUCCCGUAACCGUGACCAAGACCGUCACUGUCGGUGUUGAUGUUCCUGAGUACACUCCCGUCACCCCCAACGAGUACACCACCAAAGUUGUCACCGCCACUGAGGGAGGCAAGCCCCAGACCUACACUGUCACAGUCCCCAACGGCCCCAAGACUACUCCUUCCGGCCCCAAGACUACCUCUGCUUCCGAGGGAUACCCUGAGGGCCCCAAGCCUUCUUCCGGCUCUUCCAUCGUCUACUCCAGCUCUGUCCCUGCUCCCUACCCUACUCCUUCCUCCUCUGCUGGAUACCCCGUUGCCUCCUCCUCUGCUGGAUACCCCGUUGCCUCCUCUUCUGCUGGUUACCCCGUUACCAGCUCGUCGGUUAAGCCCUCUUCCAGCGCUCCUGCGUACGAGCCAUACCCGGUUGAAUCUUCAACCAAGGCCACACCCACUCCCACUGGCGGCUACGGCUCCGGCUACGGUUACUAA